GCCGCAUCUUCACUGGCCAGCGGGGAGAAGACCUGGGGUCGCGCUGGGAGCCCGACGGACCUUCCCCAGGGGCCCGCCUGCCCCGACAGGCGCUUCGCAUCAGGGACGCCCCCAGGGGGAUGAGCAUGGUGAUUUUCCGUCGGAGCCUCCUGGCUUGGGACUUCUGAGAAGAUGCCUGCCAUGAGGCUGUUCACUUGCUUCCUGCAGCUCCUGGCUGGGCUGGCGCUGCCUGCUGUGUCCCCCCAGCAAUUGGCUUUGUCUGCUGGGAACAACUCAUCAGAGACAGAAGUGGUGCCCUUCCAGGAAGUGUGGGGCCGCAGCUACUGCCGAGCGAUGGAGAGGCUGGUGGACAUCGUGUCGGAGUACCCCGAUGAGAUGCAGUACCUGUUCAGCCCGUCCUGUGUCUCCCUGCUGCGCUGCACCGGCUGCUGUGGUGACGAGACCCUGCACUGUGUGCCUGUGGAGACGGCCAACGUCACCAUGCAGAUCCUGAGGGUCAGCUCCGGGGAGCGGUCCUCCUACGUGGAGAUGACAUUCUCUCAGCACACCCGCUGCAAGUGCAGGCCUCUGCGGGAGAUGAUGAAGACAGAAAGGAGGAGACCCAAGGGCAGUGGGAAGAGGAAGAAAGAGAAGCAGAGACCCACAGACUGCCAGCUGUGCGGUGAUACUUCUCCCCCGAGGUAACCAGCCCCUUGGAGGAGAGAGACCCCACACCCGGCUCCUGUAUUUAUUAUCGUCACAUUCUCAGUUACCUCCUUGCUGGCACCAGCCCUCUAUUUAUUAGCCAAUUGUAUCCCUGCUGAAUGACUCAUCCCCUCUAAGACGAGGGACAGGGAGGGACAGGACCCUCAGGAAUUCAGUGCCUUAAGCAGAACGUGAGAGAAAGGCGGCAGCCACAGCCUGUGUGUGCUCCAGCUUGGGAAGAACAAGACCUGUGACUUUGUGAAG